GUUGGAGAAGCCGCAGGCGGAGGCAAAAAAAACUAAGGAAUACAGCAGGUUCUAUGCCCCCAAAUCAUGUGUCUCUUACUUUCCUUGGGCUGUUGUGGUUCCUCUUCCCCAAGACCCGCCAAGAAGCAGCUGGAGAAGCAUCUGAACCAGGAGCACUCUCUGAACAUCCAGCAGCAACAGCCCACCAACAAGAGCAACACCCUGACCACCAUCAACUCCAUCAAUACCAUCAACUUUCACUCGGAUGUGUCACUUUCGGAGCUCCAGCUUAAUGGCUCUCUGUUAUCCCUGCCCCUCAGCAUGAGUCUCAGCCUAAUGCCCAUCCCUAGUUCUACGAUGAACUCCAGCAUUCGCAGCUCCUGGGCUGCCGAGGAGGAGUUCUAUGAUAUGGAUGAGUAUGUGAAGCGUGCAGUUCCAUGGCUUCAAGAAGCUUCUGAUCACAAUGUGAAGGGGGUUUGA